AUGUCCACCAUAUCUUCUCCGCGUCCUUCGAUCGCCUCAUCUAGAGCGCACUCUCCAACCCCCGCCUCGUCUCGCCCAUCACUAGAUGCCUUGAACACCAGUGUCAGCGGCCUCAGCGCCGCAUCUACCCCGUCCACCGCACGAGCACUAUCCCCCUCACUACCACCACGACGCAACCGCAGCGCCCUUCGAGACUACUAUAACCUCAAACCCACUGCAAUAGAUCCAUCAGCCGCCAGAGACCCCUCGCGGUCCCGCAGCGUCCCACGAAACACAGAUGCAGGAGACAUCUCCAACCCAUCCGCCCUAGCAGGGACCGAGCUUGACAGUGCAGAUUUCGACCCGCACCGCUAUGUAGAGCACCUCCUUUCAUCGUCGUCUCUGUCUACUGUGCUCAAGGCUGAAAAUACGUUGGUGGGCGACAUCCGCACUCUGGACGGGGAGCGCAAGGCCCUUGUCUACGAUAACUACUCGAAGUUGAUUCGGGCGGUGGAGACAAUUGGCAAGAUGAGGCGGAGUAUGGAUGAACGGGGGGCACCGUUGACUAUGACGAAGACACUGGGUCCGGCUAUUGCUUUUGUUGCUGAGACUGCGGGUGGACUUAUCAAGGAGGGCGAGGAGCAGCGCAAGCGCAUGAAAGAGGCUAAGCAGAAUAAUGGGGAUUCAAGUAUAAAAAGUGAAAAGGAUACUGUCCGAUGGGUGCUUGCUGCACCGCAGAGACUUGAGGGGCUUUUGGCAGAUGAGAAACAGGAGGAUGCGGAGAAGGAUUGGAAAGAGAUCCAGGGCUUGCUUGACGCCUGGGGCAAUGUCAAGGGUGUUGCUGAAAUCCGUGAAGCUUGUGAGAAGGUUAUGACCCGUGCAGACAACAAUGAUUGA